AUGAUCCGGAGCGAACCAAGCACAGCGUUUUCAGAGGAUUUUCAACCGUCCAAGAAUCCAUCGUCUGCUCACGAGUACGGAGUACCAAGUAAGUCUGACAUCGAAGGCAGCGUCCACGACAUCGUCAGCGUUCACGUCUCAUACAUUGUCGGCCGCCCAUUGGCUGCUAUGCUUGCGAAUGACGGCGCUGACGUGUACAGCGCCGACAUUGACUCGCUGUACCUAUUCCGUCGCGGUAAGCUCAUCCCGAGCGAAGAGACGCAGGAGACGGCGUGUAAGAAGUCUCGUGUCAUCAUUACUGGCGUCCCCGUUAAGAGCUACAAGCUGCCGCUUGAGUGGGUCAGCGAAAACACGGUCAUCAUCUACGUCGCGUCCUUCAAGAACGUGGACGAUGCCGAGCUGCUUAAGAUAAAGGGCGUGCAGUACGUGCCACUGGUGGGUAAGGUCACGGUGGCCAUGCUCGAACGCAACCUGCUGCGUCUGUACGAGAACUUCCACUGGAAGCCUAAGAAGGUCUGGCAGUAAGAGUGUGGAUGAGGAUAGAGAGAACACCUCGCUCACCGCUAAAAUGCAUAAAUCUUCCUCGUUACAGGGAAAUUCA